AUGUAAGUGUAAACAUAAUAGCCUUAAACUCAGUUAUAAAAAUAGAAUCCUUAAUUAGAUAAUGGAAAUGAUAUAAUUUAACAAUUAAAAAAGGUUGGUGUAGAGAAAAAUAAUAAAAAUAUUAAAGACUUAGGACCUGACAUAAAAUAAAGUUAUGAUAUUUAAUUUGAAUAAUUGCCAUAAUCUUAAAAGAAGAAAGGAGCUGUAUAAAUAACAUGGGAAAAACAAAACUCACUUAAGGUUUCAAAGCCAGAAAAUAAAAAGUAAAUGGAUGUAGAAAUAGAAAAAUAAGAUGUAUUUAAAAACGACCCUGAUUUACUUAAUGGUUUAACGAUAGUGUUGAGUGGUAUAUUAAAUGUUUGUAGCAGAGACAAAUUUGAAUAGUUUUUAAAGAAUAAUGGAGCAAAGGUUACUGGGAGUGUUUCUGGAAAGACCAAUUAUUUGAUUGUUGGAGAUAAAUUAGAAGAUGGUCGAAAGGGAGAGGAAGGAAAUAAAUUCAAAGAGGCAACAAAAAAGGGAACUAAGAUUAUAAGAGAAAAUGAACUUAAUAAUUGGCUGGUCGAUAAAAUAGGAGUUGGAAUAGAUGAAAUAUUCCCAGAUUCUAGUUUGUCUAAAUUAUUAAAGAAAUCAGGAUCAAAGAAAUAGGAUUAGUAGGAAACUGUAUAAUCAGAUUAAAAUAGAAACUUUAGCUUAGCCGAUAAAUAUAUGCCAAUGUCAUUGUCUGAAUUAGUUGACAAUAAAUCAAGUAUAACCCAAUUAAAUGAUUGGAUAUACAAAUUCCAACAUCCUAAUUCUGAAGGAGAUCAAAAUCAAAAAAUCAAAAAAAAAAUUUAUCCCAUUAAAAAUGGGUAGAUUCUUAACCUGUUGGAAAUAUUAUCAUGUCUAAUAAGUGGUCCUCCAGGAAUAGGAAAGACAUCGAUGGUAAGAUUAGUGGCUGAAGCUUUAGGAUUGAAAUUAAUAGUAAACAAUGCAUCAGACAAAAGAAAUAAAGGAAGUUUGAGAUCUGUAUUAAAUGAUUUGAUUGACAACAGUGUGCUUAUGAAUCUAUUUAGACCAAACAAGGACUUUUUAAUUGUAAUGGACGAAGUAGAUGGAAUGACUGGAUCAGAUAGAGGAGGAAUAUCCGCUUUAAUAGAAUGUAUAAAAUCGACUAGAGUUCCUAUUGUCUGUAUUUGCAAUGAUAUUGAUAACCCAAAAUUGAAAUCAUUGCUAAGUCAUUGUUAUAGCAUUAAAUUUUAAAAACCAGAAGCUAAAUCUGUGGCUAAAAGGUUAAAAUAUAUCUGUGAAUAAGAGAAUAUAAAUAUGAGUUUUGAAGAUCUAGAGAAAUUAGCAAUUUGUUUUGAUUGUGAUAUUAGAUAAAGCAUUAAUAUGUUGGAACUUUAAAAAUUUCAAUCAAAUACAAAUUUGUUCUAGCCUGAUGGAUUCAAAAAAGAUAAGGUUUGUGUUUUUAAUACGUUUAAUGCUGCAGUAAGUCUACUAAAUAGAAAUCAAAGGAUAUAGAUGUCUCUUAGAGAUAUGCUAGAUAUGUUUUUCUUAGAUUAUGACUUAAUCCCUCUUAUUAUUUAAGAUAAUUACAUUUUAUCUAAUCAUUAGGACAUUAACAAUGUUGCAAAGGCAGCUGAAUUAAUUGCUGAAGGAGAUAUAAUUUCUAAGAAAAUCAGAAAGGAAUAACAAUGGUCUUUAAUGCCUUCUUUUGGAUUCUUAUCAAGUGUUUAUCCUUCUACUAUUGUGGGUGAAUAAAUGGAUUUCCCUAAAUUUCCCUCAUGGUUGGGAAAGAAUUCGACGGCAAAUAAAAUCAAAAGAGAAAGACAUUAAAUUAAAAAUAGAUUGGCUCCCAUUACUUAUCUAACAUCAGAUAUCAAAUUAUAUUCUAAAUAUUUAUUCUAAUUAAUAAAAUAAUUAUUAGAAUUAAAAGUACUUAGAAAUGAUAGAGAUGCUGUUUGGAAUGUAGUUUAAAUUAUGGAAGAAUAUCGAAUUACUCCAGAUUUAUUGAAAGAGGAUCUCCAUGAUUAGAUAUUUAAUCCAUUAAAAGAUAAUUUAUUAAGUACUGUUAAUGCUCAAAUUAAAACACAAUUAACAAAAAUGUAUAAUAAAAGACAUUUGAUUUAGAAGGAAAAAACAUCUAAAAAGAAAUAGGCCAAUCCAGAAAGAUAUAUAAGUGAAAAUUAUAAUCCAUUAAUUGGAGAAGAAGCUCCAUUAGUUGAACAAUCCUAAAAAGAAAUCGAAGAGGAAGAAAAUAAAAAGGAAGAAAAAAAAGAAGAGGAAAUGGCAUAAGGUACAAAAUCUAAGAAUGUGAAUAAACGAACAAAGAAAUAAAGUAAAAAAGAGACGAAAAAAUUAAAAUUAGUUGAGGACAGAUCUUUUGAUGAGGAUUCUUAAUAAUCCUUAAAUAAUUUUAUUGUUGAUGAUGAAGAAGAUGAAUGA